UAGAAAGGAGAGGAGAAAAAAAAACUCCAGGGCUUGUUAUGGAGUUCGUGUGAAAGAGACACGGAUUUCCACCCUUCUUUACCAGUUAAACCAGUAUCUCUGGAUAGAGCACACUCAAGUACUCCAACAGUUUUUACCCUUGUGGUCCCUGAUGGCUUCGCACAGUGAUACUCUGGUGGUGUUCUUUGGGGCAACAGCUGGUGCAAAUGGGGGUAAACUGGGUUCGGAUGAGAGGGAAAUAAUUCUCUUGGUGUGGCAAAUUGUGGAUCUACAUGAGAACAAGGUCGGGAAGCUUCAUAGAUGUCUUGUGAAGCCAGACACUUUGGAGCUGACAGACCAGUGUAAAGAGGAGACAGGACUGACUGUGGACGACCUCCUCAAAGCUGAGCCCCUGGACAAAGUUCUGCAAGAGUUCCAACAGUCUGUGUCAUCGGAAGUAAAAUGCCUCGGCAGAAGCUCGUUCACACUUUGUGUCGACAGUCCCCUUGUCAUCCGACAGGCCCUCCACCCUGAAGCUUCUAAAAAGAAUAUUGUCCUUCCUGAAUGUUUUUUUUCAUUUGUGGACGUGAAGAAGGAGUUUCAGAAAUGCUGCCCCAAUGCCAGCACUGCGCAGAAGCUCACCCUCGCCUCCAUGUUGGAGUAUGUUGGUCUUCCCGCUGUGUCAGAGCAGUCGAUUGGGGUGAGGGAAGUGAGCAGCAUGGUGCAGCUGAUACUGCACAUCCUAGCAGAGCCCUACAACCACAAGUUCUCCUGUGCUGAAACGGUGAAAUACAAGUUUGACUCUGGCACAUGCAGUAAGACGGAGCCGGUGGACAGUGAGACAGUGAUCAGAGCGCGAGGACUUCCAUGGCAGUCUUCAGACCAAGACAUUGCUCGCUUCUUUAAAGGCCUCAGUAUUGCAAAAGGUGGCGUGGCCCUUUGCCUCAAUGCUCAAGGCAGGAGGAAUGGUGAGGCCUUGGUUCGUUUCAUCAACUCAGAACACAGGGACCUGGCUCUGGAACGCCACAAGCACCACAUGGGUAGCCGUUACAUUGAGGUCUACAAGGCAACAGGAGAGGAAUUUCUCAAGAUUGCUGGAGGUACGUCUAACGAGGUGGCCCAGUUCCUGUCCAAGGAGAACCAGUUGAUUAUCCGUAUGCGAGGGUUGCCAUUUACCGCCACACUCCAGGAAGUGCUGUCCUUCCUCGGUCCUGAAAGCCCAGUUACAGAUGGUGCGGAGGGUCUGCUCUUUGUAAAGUACCCUGACGGACGUCCCACUGGCGACGCCUUUGUGCUCUUCUCUUGUGAAGAGUACGCCCAGAAUGCCCUGAAGAAGCACAAGCAGAUCCUGGGGAAGCGUUAUAUCGAGUUGUUUAGGAGUACUGCGGCUGAGGUGCAACAGGUCUUGAACCGAUACAUGUCCGCUCCUCUGAUCUCCACACUGCCCCCGGCUACCAUCGUGCCUGUCCCCGUCCUUGCUACGCCCCCCUACCUUCCAGCGGCCAACAGCACACGUGAUUGUGUCCGCCUCCGUGGCCUGCCCUACACGGCUGGCAUCGAAGAUAUCCUGGAGUUCAUGGGAGAGCACACCGUUGACAUCAAACCCCAUGGAGUCCACAUGGUCCUCAACCAACAGGGUCGGCCCUCUGGAGAUGCUUUCAUCCAAAUGAAAUCAUCAGACAAGGCAUUUAUGGUGGCCCAGAAGUGCCAUAAAAAGACCAUGAAGGACCGUUACGUCGAGGUGUUCCAGUGCUCCACAGAGGAGAUGAGCAUAGUGCUGAUGGGAGGAACCCUGAACCGCAGCGGUCUCUCUCCUCCACCCUGCAAGCUACCCUGUCUGUCUCCACCCACAGCCUACGCUGCCUUCCCUACCCCACCUGCCAUUCUCUCUGAGGCUGCCCUCUACCAGCCCCCCCUGCUGGCUGCUCCCAGACCACCUCAGACCAUCACACACAGUCCUGCUCACACUCUGGCAUACUACCCCCCUCAGCCACACCUGUACAUGAAUAUGAACAUGAACUACACAGCUUACUACCCCAGCCCCCCAGUCUCUCCUUCCACAGUUAGCUACUUUGCAGCUCCGCCAGGAGCAGUGGCAGCAGCAGUUGCAGCCCAACCCCACCCUGCUGCAGCCGGCGCCUCUUCUGUGCUGCCUCAACCCGGCGCCCUGGUCAGGAUGCAGGGCCUGCCCUACAACACUGGAGUCAAAGACAUUCUCAGCUUCUUCCAGGGAUACCAGCUCCAGCCAGACGCCGUCCUCAUCUUGUACAACUUCAAUGGCCAGUGCAGCGGUGAGGCCUUAAUCACCUUCCAUAGUGAAGAGAUGGCUAGGCGGGCUGUAGCCGAGCGCUCCAAUCACCCCUUCUAUGGCCAGCAGAUCCACUUGGCUUUAUGUAACUGACCACAAGCCCCUCAUCUCUGCCCCCUCCUGUAACCUCCCAGUGAAGAGCACUUGCUUUCUCAUCAUUUUAGCAACAGCUUUUGCAGUUGAGCCCAGUGCCACUGUAUUAAACCCCCUCCCCCUCCUAUGAUUACAUGAUAACACCACUGACACUACUGGCUGUGACACUUCAGAAGCUACUGCUGAAGUUUGGACGUCCACUGUUGAAGCAGCUGACGUCAGUAAAGCUUCAUUUCUGGCUUUUUUGUAUGUACUGCAUAGGAUUUCUGUGUUUUUGUGCCUACUGUAAUUGCUGGUUGUGGAGACUAGAUGGUGUGGAGCCUGGACAAAUCUGCAUGUAUAUUUAAAUUCUAUGUUACCCUGUAAGACUGUACAGAUGUUCAUCCUGAAAUCCUUGAGGCUGUACAAACCACUUCUGCACACAUUCUUUACUGUAUAUUUCUAGUUUUUCUAGCAUUCCUAACCACUACAAGAUUUUGACUUUUCAGAGUUUAUGAUGCUUUUGUGUUGGCUCUAUGCAAACACAGAUGUGUGUAUGUGCAUGCACAAUGUUUAUUGAGUUGAUGGCCUCCAGCAGUGCAGUGGUGCCAUUGAAAAGAGAGAGAGAAAAAAGAAGCCAUAAAGACUAUUGAAACAAUGGAGGGAAAAUGUAUAUGUACUUCUCAACUGUCGUGGAUUAAUUUGAACUGACUGUAAGCUGCAGUGACUAUUAGUUAAAUGGCAGCAACACCAGACAUCCCAGCUUACCAACUAAUUUGUAACUUUAUUUUUACUGUAAAUGCAUUUGUGUGACACAGUUUAGACCUUUUCAAAGCACUACAGAUUGAUUUGCUCCAAUCUAAGAGUUAAGUGUCUUAAAGUAGAAGAGUAGAAUGACUUAUUGAUUCUAUUUUUAUUACACAUUUUGUGAGAUUUUGUUAUGAAAUAUAAAAAGACAGAGGUGUAUCUUGAAGCCCUUUAUAACGAUCGACCUCAGCUACUAGAUCUCUUCUGUUUCAGUUAUGAUCUGUCUGUAGCUGCUUUAAUUCCUGCUUAUGACCGGAGUACUGUGUAAAGGCUGCAUGAGUUUUUCCUGUGACAGGCUGGCUGACAGCUAUCUUAGUUUCCCCCCCGUCCCUCUCUUUACUGUGCCUACAUUACCCAGAGUGCAAUACUGGCCCAGACUAGGCUAGGUCAACCUCUGGUGGCAGAGGUGAUAUUUGUUUCUUUUGUUGCAAGUUUGACACUUGUAUGAAUUUAGAUCUGUGUAAGACUGUACACAAUAAAUAAUGUUGACAAUGA